AUGCCUGGUCCGUGGUCCACGAAGCUCUACCUUCUCGGGUACUUGCAGAUAGCCCCUGCUCUUGCGAGCAUCCAAUGGUCACCAUGCACAUCGAAUCCAUCCCUAGAUUGCGCCACCCUCACGGUGCCACUCGAGUACGCUGAUCCAGAAAACGGCGCGUUGGCGUAUAUUCCGCUGGCUCGCUACAAUGCCACCGUGCCUGCAUCCCAACGCAAAGGCUCUCUUCUCACAAACCCAGGCGGCCCUGGGUCUGCUGGAACCGAUUUCCUCCUGAACGGCGCCGGAGAGGGUAUGGUCAACAUCACAGGUGGCUUCUAUGACAUAGUGUCUUGGGAUCCACGUGGCACGGGUUCUGCACGGCCUCUCCUGCAAUGCUUCGACUCGGCAGGCGAGGAAGCUGACGCAUCUGCCGCCCUUCCCGCAGCAGCUGAGAUAGAGUAUAGCCAAUUUCGCAACCAGAGCUACAUGCCCUCAUAUUACGCAGCACUGAAGGACUAUGAUAACACCAUUGCAGAGCUCGCCGGUGCCUGUGCCGACCAUGAUUCUCCGGCGUUAUACACCUCCAGCACCGCCUAUGUCGUCCGUGACAUAGCAGCUAUCAUCGAUGCCCUAGAAGGAACAGACAAUGCAACCCUCAACUACUGGGGCUUUUCAUAUGGAACUAUCCUCGGUGCCGAGUUUAUCCAGACUUAUCCAGAACGAGUCGGAAAGAUUAUCUUUGAUGGUGUUUUCGAUUCCGCCGCGAAUGCGCAACCAUAUACUAGCCAGCUUCCCUAUGAUGAGUUAUAUGUCCGUGACUCUAUCAAUGAUCUGGCUACAUCCUGUACACAAGCCGGCAUAGAGGGUUGUGCUUUGAACAAAGCUCCGGGAAACCGUACUACCCCCAGAAACAGCACUACAGACAUCGCCACGCGCCUUGCCAAUCUACAAGCGUCUCUAUAUAGAAACCCUAUUGACGUAUCGGACGGAUCGUUCUCCAUCACAGUUGGAAUGUUCAGCUUUUUCAUGUAUUCCUUUUUGAGACUCCCCAGCUCAUGGCCCGCUGUCGCAUUGGCGGUGAGCGCACUCGAGGAAGGAAAUGCCGACCCUGUCGCCAGCCUCCUGACGGAUGCAGCAGGUCCAGAAACGAAUGCCAUUGCACCUGACACCGGCUCUUUCGCUGGAUGGCCUAUCCAAUGCACUGAUAAUGCCCCUUCCAAUCAUACCAAACUUCCUGAAGUUGCGCAGUUGGUCCUCAACAUCUCUCUUGCCGAGAAGACCCCAUGGUUGAAUGCGGAUCUGUCCACCUUAUCCUUCUGCCGAAACUUCCCCGAUACUCGCCCACGGGUUCCGAACCUAGGAGCCUCGAAGCUCACUAACGGGGAGACGAACGCCAUCCUCACUAAGCAGAAUACAUCCGUUUUGAUCAUUAACGCGCUGCAUGACCCCACUACCCCUAUCAACUCUGCGGUACGUCUUCACCGCUGGCUUCCUACUUCAUCUCAACUUGCGGUUAGACGGGGACCUGGCCAUACCACAAUCAGUCUUGGUUCUUUGGGGUUGGUGAAUACCAUCCGCGAGUAUCUCCUUGAUGGGACUCUGCCGGCUACGACGGAGGUGUAUGAUGUGAGUCAGGAAAUCUUUUCCUCGGAGAUCGACGCGGGUACAAUUACUCCUGAUCCUGUGUUUAACGGGACAUACAGCGACUCAGAGAAGAUGCUGUUGGAGUCUACCUAUAACAUUUACUUGGCUUUUGUGAGCUUGCCAUAG